AUGUGUGUGUUUCUAAAGCCAGCGUGAAGAUAUGAGCACUUGGUCAUUCCCCAGUAACCAGGAAAUCACAGCUUAAUCUAUAUAUUUAUCAGUCCAGAAUAAUUGCCUUACUAACAGUGAAGCUUCUAAAAGUGCUCUUAAUUCUUUCUGUGUGCAGGUAACUUUUCUGAAGAAUUUACCUGCUCAGUAACUUCUUAAAAGUUAAAAAAAAAAUCUUACACAAUAUAAACUUAGAAUUUGAUACAUAGGUCAAGAAAUUCAGUUGCCAUAAUAAUAGAAAAGCACUAGUGCUCUAAUUUGCAUUUGAAAAGCACAGCAAGUACCAAAUAAAUUGAUUUACUGCCAGACAAGUAAAUAGGAUGCUGCUACCUUGAAAGCCCAACUAUCUUUUCGUGGUAAACUUGUAAUAGUAAAGGUUAGACACUUAAUAGUACUUAAUAGUAAAGGGAGACAAUUAAAGGUCAGAUAAAAGGUCUCAGAAAAAUUUUGUGUAAAUCUAGCAGAUACAGUGCUGUUUUAUGGUAUAAAUCUGAUUUUUUUAAACUGCAACUUUUUUUUUUUUUUUUAGUACUGGUGAUGUCAAGGGUCUACAUUAAAACAGUAGGGGUUGUUUGUUUUUGUUUUUUUUUUAAAUAAUUCCCUUUUCUCAAAACCAAUUAGUAUUUUAUUCUCAGAAGUGCAGGAAGUUUCACACAUCUUGAACAGCAACAUGCAGCUUCCAACUUCAGUCUGAGGUGUCAAAAGCGCUGGGUAACUGCAUGGGAGCACUGUAGAGUGGUCCAUGCUGAUAACACACUCAUGCUUUAUGCAGUUGAUUUCUUCUGAGGACUCGGUUUUGCAUAUUUGCUAGCUAGUAACCAUCAGAAGUAAAUGGAUUCACAGUGAGGAGAAUAUUUUAACGAGGAAAAGUAGUAAACCAGUCUCCUAAAUGCAGCAUUUUAAAAAAUAUUAGAUGCCAGCAUGCUUAUGUGUUGGGUAUGAAAGAAUGUUGCUUGAUACAGAAAACUUUGCAGGUGAACGAACCACUUAUCUACAGUCAGUAGCACAUAGGAGAUGAAGAAUGAUGUCGAAACUAUAGUGUGCGUUAUCCCCCAAAUGGAGGGUUUUUGUGUAAUGUGCUGAUGUGUAUGUUUUAACCAAGUUCAGGAGAAUAACAGGAGAAAAAAAAUACUUAGUAAUUUAAGAAUCCUGUAUAGCUGAGGGGAGUUAUUUAAGGAUUAAGUCCAUUAGUGAGUAGCAAUCGGAUUAUAAUCUGCAAGCCGUUUGCUUCAGGUGGACAAAAAGUCUAAACUAGAUUAAUAGUGAACAAACCUAACAGCUUGAAACCGUAAGUACUGUAUGGUGAAUCAUUGGCAUACUUGGUUAAAGCUUUUUAAAUCUAUCUAAAGUGGUAGGUAACAUGGUACAAAAGAAAGCUCAAAAUAAAUCCGAAGUUGGACCAUUACCAAGCAGUCUGUGACCAAGAACCAUUUUUUGUUCUCAGUCUCUGCUUUCAGGUUGUUUUUGGUUUUUUUGUAAUAUGGUCUAUGAUAUAUUCAUCACUGCAUUAAUAGUUUCCUGUUUUUCCCACUCAAACUUUCCACUUUCUGUAGAGAGUUGUGCACAAUCUGUCAGGUGUAUUAUGGGGUUUAGCUUUCUCUUCAGCAUCAGGCACAGGACCAGCAAUUGCUGAGGGUAGAGGACUGGAUUCAACUUUCAACCUGCCAUCACAUCUAACAUGAGGUGUUUUGCAGUGUGAGAAGGAUAGAGGAGGCGCUACUGUGGGCAUGUAGUGACUUACUAUUCCUAAAUCUGUUUCCUGUUAAAACAUCUCUAAUGCAUGAUGUGUGUGUGAACUAGUAGUUAUUUUCUGACACUCAGCAGAAUUGUUCCAGUUCAUUUUUUGUGAUUAAGAUAAGUCAGAAUAGCCUCUAAACUUCAACUUUUCAUAUUAAUCUACUUUUUUUGAUGGAAAUGGUGUCUCAUUUAAAAUGUGUCUCAGAAAUUUCAGUCACCUAAACAUUUCAUGUUUUUGAAGUAAUGAUAUAACAAUUUUAGCUGCUUUUGGAAAUAAUUUAGCAUUCAAACUGAAAUGUGUAUGUAAAAUUUCAGCCUUAAGCAAAUCCCCACUGGCAAAACUCUAAGAGUUGAAGGAAAAUAGCUGUAUUUUUGUAAUGGAAAUAUCAACUCAACCUUAACGGUUCGUGACAUGGAUAUAUUAAUGGAUUUAUAAUUCAUACGAGAUUAGAGAAGGUAUCUAUAGCUAGCUACUUCAUAUUGAGAGUUUAACAAAAUGGUUUUCUUCUAUCGAAUGAACAAUCACUUCAAAAUAUGCAUUCCUUAAACGAUGACUUAGGAGUCAAGUUCGUUAAAUGAAAAUAUACACUGUAUACCUUGGAGAUUUAUGUUGUUUGCUCUUUUUCUCUUAGGAAGCCUGACAAAUAGGAAAAUACUACAAAGUGAAGAGAAAAUUCACUUCAUGAGAACAGAGCUCUGCUUUCAUUGGCUUUUAAAUUUUAUUUGUAUUAAUAACUGAUUAGUGUCAGAUCAUCUCUGUAGUCUACUGUGGUAAAAUUAUUAGGUUAAAGCUGGAAAAAAUGAAACAAUUAAAAAGAAAAAGAAAAAGCAAUUUUAGUGUUCAGGAAACUCAAACUCUCCUUAAAGAAAUCAGAAAAAGGAGAGAAGUACUCUUUUCAAAGCAACUUAAUACAACAAUUAAUGAGAUGAAACGGAAAGCUUGGGAGGAAAUAGCAGAGUGUGUAAAUGCUGUAGGUGAAGGAGAGCAAAGAACAGGGACAGAAGUGAAAAGGCGAUACCUUGACUGGAGAGCACUCAUGAAGAGAAAACGUCUGAAUGCAAACAUCAAAGUAGUAGGUGCUGGGUUUCACCUUCCUUCAUCCAAUUUAGAUGACUCUCUCAAUGAAGACAUGGAUGAGAAAAUGGGAUUUGCAAUUGAAUCUAGUUUUGAAUGGCAAAAUAUCACUGACUUCAGAGAAGCCGGUGGAUCUUUAACAGAAAUCAAAGUAGAAGAGGAAGAGGAGGAUCCGCAGAAUUUUGAAUUUCCUAUUGAGGAAGAAGAAGAAAUUUUGUCAUCAGUUUUGCCAGAUUCGAAGAAAGAAAAUGACCUACCAGACUUCCCCCACAUUGAAGAGUUUGGAAAUCUAAGCUCUGCUCAAGCUAGGCUAGCCUAUGAAGAUUCUCACUUGCUUAUAAAUCUGGAGAAGCAGAAGGUGGAGCUGGAGAAGCAGCGACUAGACAUUGAAGCCGAAAGGUUACAAGUGGAGAAGGAGCGCCUGCAAAUUGAAAAAGAACGGUUGCGGCAUGUUGACUUGGAGCGUGAGAGACUUCAGAUUGAGAAGGAGCGACUUCAGAUUGAAUGGGAGAAACUCAGGCUAGAGACUCUGCAUGCUGAAAAACCUGCCCUGGAAAAUGACCUCACCCAAACAGAAAAACCCAUCAUGCAGCCUCUAGAUCUGGAAACUGAAAAGUUAAAACUUGAAAAAGAACGUUUGCAGUUAGAGAAAGAGAGGCUGCAGUUCCUAAAGUUUGAGUCAGAGAAGCUGCAGAUUGAGAAGGAACGCUUGCAAGUGGAGAAGGAGCGCCUUCGAAUUCAGAGAGAGGGUCACUUGCAGUGAACUUCUUGACUGAAGUGUCAAUGUUAGUGUUUUGAUGUUUGUAAAAUAGAGGUAGUUCUUUUCUUAAUACUGAAACUGUCCUCGAGGCUUAACAUUCUUCUGUUCAGAGUUGAAUGUUGAUGUUAAACUGAAAAAGAAAAAAAAAAAAAAAAAAGGUGCUCAAUAUGUCAGUGUGCCUACAUAAAUGAGCUUAUGUGUGAAAUUGCUUUUCAGUGUAUCAGAACUAAGUGUUAUGUUCCCUUGUCUUCAGUAUUGUGUUGUAUUAGUUCAGUGUCCUCCUCUCAUAGACACAUUGAGAAGAAUCAAGGCUGAACCUUGUACAUUUUUCACUGUACUAACAGUAAGGAAUGAUGAGAAUCAAGCAACAUAUGUUGUGAGGGCAUGGUGCUGAUAAUAGCCCACGCAGUAAAUAAGUAUAAGUUAGACAGAACACGGUAACACAGAGUCAUGAUGUGAUUGAUUCAUUAAACUUAAUUUCCCCUUUUUGUUUUUUUCCAACCCCACAAUUGGAAAAAGAGUUAAAGAAUCAUCUAAAAGUUAAAGUACAAGUUAAAUUCACUGCAGUUGUGUUUACUAUUGUUCUAUGGCUUGAACUGAAUGGGAGUGCAGAAAACAGUAUUCUCCUUUUGCAUGAAGUAUUCAUACUAGAUAGAUAAAGCUACACGUCAACCAUGCCUACUAUAAGCUGGACUGUUGGUUGCACCAGGUCAUUAAUAAUACUAUAUGGAAUAUAGUACCUGUCUUAGUAUAGCACAGGGACUUACUGAUUGGUCAGGCAUGUUGUUUGAUGAGUCUGUGAUCACCCCCUGAAGUAAAUUGCUAGACCUGAUAUGUUCCUUGAAAGACAGUAGCUGGUGAUGGGAGUCUCAGGAGUGGAGACACAGAGGCUGAGCAGAGACUAAGGAGCACUGAGCUUGAACACUAACACUCUUGAUGUUAGUUCUGCCUGGCCAGCACUGAGGUCAUGUCCAUGAGGCAGCCAGAAGAGACUUGUAUAGCUGACACCAUAUAGUAUGUUUUAAUUAGACAAACAGAAAUGGUCACUGCUGAAGGCUGUCGGUAUUUUUCAUAAGCAAUGUAUUCAUUUAAAAUGAUAAAAACCCCAAGCUUUCUGUUAUUUCAUAUAUUUUUAAAUCCCAACUGAGCCAGACUUAAUAUUUCUCAUCUUUCUGCAAGUAACUAUCUUUUCCUGACUCUGUUUGAAACUUAAGACUAUGAGAAUACUAAAUCUGAAUACAUGUUGAGUGACUUACAUGGAUUCUUGUGCAAGUAGAUAUAUUUAUACCACUACAGGAUUACUUUUAUUCUGCAAAGAAAAUGUUAUUUUUUUAUUACUGAAACAAGUGUGCUUCUACAGUGGAAAUAAAUUUGACUACUACAAUCCAAAA